GGCUCCUAUGGGGUGGUGAAGCUGGCCUACAAUGAAGAUGAUAACACCUACUAUGCAAUGAAAGUUCUUUCCAAAAAGAAGUUGAUGAGACAGGCAGGUUUCCCCCGUCGCCCACCACCCCGCGGGGCCAAAGCUGCCUCCGAGGGCUGCCUGCAGCCCAAAGGGCCCAUCGAACAGGUCUACCAGGAGAUUGCCAUCCUGAAGAAGCUGGACCACCCCAACGUGGUGAAGCUGGUAGAGGUCCUAGAUGACCCCAGUGAGGAUCACCUGUACAUGGUGUUUGAACUGGUGAAGCAAGGCCCCGUGAUGGAAAUUCCAACCCUGAAACCUCUGAGCGAGGACCAGGCUCGGUUCUACUUCCAGGAUCUGAUCAAGGGCAUUGAAUACUUGCACUAUCAAAAGAUAAUCCACCGGGAUAUUAAACCUUCCAACCUCCUCGUGGGGGAAGACGGGCACGUCAAGAUCGCUGACUUCGGAGUGAGCAAUGAGUUCAAGGGAGCUGAUGCCCUCUUAACCAACACGGUGGGCACCCCUGCCUUCAUGGCCCCAGAGACGCUCUCAGAAACCAGGAAAAUCUUCUCUGGAAAGGCUUUGGAUGUCUGGGCCAUGGGGAUCACACUGUACUGCUUCGUGUUUGGGCAGUGCCCUUUUAUGGAUGAAAGGAUCCUGAGUUUACACAAUAAAAUCAAGACCCAAACGUUGGAGUUCCCAGACCAGCCAGAAAUUACAGACUUCUUGAAGGAUUUGAUUACACGGAUGCUGGAUAAAAAUCCUGAAUCUAGGAUUUCGGUCCCAGAAAUCAAGGAAAGUACUGUGCAACAGCCUUUCGCAGGAGAUUUCUCGUCCUCCGCCCCUGUGGGAGCCUGGAAAGGGCGAGAAGCUGAGAAAAUGGAGACUAAGUUGCACCCUUGGGUCACCAAGAAUGGAGUGGAGCUGCUGCCCACGGAGGAUGAGAACUGUACCCUCGUCGAGGUGACAGAGGAGGAGGUGGAGAAUUCGGUUAAGCACAUCCCCAGCCUGGCCACUGUGAUCUUGGUUAAAACGAUGAUCCGGAAGCGAUCCUUUGGGAACCCGUUUGAGGGGAGCAGGAGGGAGGAGCGGUCGUUGUCUGCCCCUGGGAACCUGCUGCCGAAACAAGGCAGUGAAGAUAAUCUGAAAUGCAACGACUUGCCCAAUGUAGGAGAGGAGGAACUUCUUUCAUGA